AUGUUGCGAUACUAGCUAGCUACACACUAGCAUUAAAGCCACGAAAAGAUGCCCAUUCACGGGAUUAAAACAAUAAAACAAACAACGAGAAGUCUGGGAAAACUUUGCCAAACUGUGCCCAAACACUAUUAGACUACAACCCGAAUCACUUCCCUUCAGUUUGGAGUGUGUUAGCAUUGUUUUAUCUCAGCACUAUUGGACGCGUUUUUUUCUUCUGGAGGAGUCCAGUCUGAUGAAUUCACCGAAAAAAGACGGAGAUGAUGAUGUGCCCGUUAAAGACCCGGUAAAAUACGGCGAAUUGGUCAUUUUGGGGUACAAUGGCUCUCUACCGACCGGAGACCGCGGGCGCAGAAAGAGCCGCUUUGCUCUGUACCGAAGGGCCAAGGCCAACGGUGUCAAACCCAGCGCUGUGCACAUCCUCAACACCCCACAGGACACUAAGGCUGUCCACAGCAGGGGGCAGCACAGUAUCUCUUUCACGCUGUCCCGUAACCAGACAGUGGUGGUGGAGUACUGCCAUGACAACAGCACAGACAUGUUCCAGAUUGGACGCUCCACAGAAAGUCCCAUUGACUUUGUGGUGACAGACACCUCAGGAGGGGGGAAGGAGGGGGAGGACCCCUCCAUCGCUCCCAGCACCAUCUCACGCUUUGCCUGUAGAGUAGUGUGUGAACGCAACCCACCUUACACCGCACGAAUCUACGCCGCCGGCUUUGACUCCUCCAAAAAUAUCUUCUUAGGGGAGAAAGCAACCAAAUGGAAAAACCCUGAUGGGCAUAUGGACGGCCUGACUACCAAUGGGGUGCUGGUGAUGCACCCAGAGGGGUUUCCAGAGGACCCUAAGCAGGGCCUGUGGAGGGAGAUCUCCGUGUGCGGGGAUGUCUACGCCCUGCGGGAGACACGCUCUGGACCCAGCCGGGGAAAACUAGCGGAGGGCGAGAGCAGUGCGUUACGUGACGGCUCUCUGGUGGACCUGUGUGGUGCCACCCUGCUGUGGCGUACCGGUGAGGGGCUCAUGCGGGCCCCCACCCUCCGUCACCUGGAAGCCCUUCGCCAGGAGCUCAAUGCGUCCCGGCCCCAGUGUCCUGUAGGCCUCAGCACACUGGCCUUCCCCAGCCUGCCACGCAGCCACAGGUGGGAGCCAAACCUUGAAGAGCGUCAGCCCUGGGUCUACCUCACCUGCGGCCACGUCCACGGACGCCACGACUGGGGCCAGAGAUCCGAGGGGGUGGAGAUGCCAGGAGAGGGCGAGGUAUCCACGACCCGGCGGGAAUGUCCCCUGUGCAGGACGGUGGGUCCCUACGUGCCCCUGUGGCUGGGCUGUGAGCCCGCCGUGUACGUGGACGCUGGAGCUCCCACCCACGCUUUUGUGCCGUGCGGCCACGUCUGCUCGGAGAGGACAGCCAGGUACUGGGCCGAGACCCCGCUCCCCCACGGGACGCACGCCUUCAGACCCGUCUGCCCCUUCUGCUCCAGCGCACUAAGCACGCCCGGCUGGACGCGGCUUAUCUUCCAGGGCCCCAUCGACUAGCCGCCACUCUUUGGCAAACCACUAACACAGUAACACAAAGAUGCCUGAGCUUCAUUCUUGUUUCAAACGUCGGUCAGUGUUCAGUAGGGAUGGGUAGUGGAUCAGUAGUGCUGUUAUUUUCAACAGCAAGUCUGUUUCUUGGUGUAACACUGUCCCGCUUUGUUACCGAAUGCAGCUCAAAGCUAAAUCCCUCCCCGUGUUCAACCUUUAAUGCUUCUCGAUUGGUGUAAGAUCUUGAGAGUAGGUGGAAACAAACAUGAUGGAGUGAUUGAUAGGGUCACAUGGAUAGUGUUUACUCUUUCAGGGAAGAUCUGCCGCUUUUCAUUCCAACCAAACAUUACACCUCCACUGCUUAGCUAACGGCAACAAGAGAGGAUUCUCUUAACUAAAACUGUAGCUUACACGAUGCUACUCUAACCCAUUUCAAAUGAAUUCACCCCAUGAUGAAAUGACCCACUAAUCGUACACAAACAACCAGAUCUCAUCCUUUUUAUUUGACUUUUUCAGAAGCCAUGUAUGACAUGACACGUAGCUUUCUUGCACAGAAAUAGGGAACAGCCUUUUUUACUCAGUUGAUCUGCUGUGUCUUGCACGUCUGCAGUGCCUGUGUGUCCUUAACUCGGUGAAACGCCACCUCUUGCACUUCUUCUCGGCCUGACCUCUGACCACUUUCAUCAUUACUCACACUAUAUUGUAAUGCUGCAACUCAUAAAACAGUUUUAAACCGAUCUGGUCUCAACAAAAACACCCUAUUUUAUAAUAUAAUAUUAUAUCAUUUAUACGUUUUUUAUAGAGUUGGUUGCUGAUUUCCCUGUCCCCUGAACAUCCUGCUGAUUUACAUUCAUAGCUGAAUUGUGAGCAGGACAUUUUAACCGCAAAGGUGAAGUCAGAAGCUUUUACUCAUCAUUUUAAGUUUUGAAAGUUUGAUCAAGGGAAAAUGAUUAAUCAUCGUUAAAGGGAGUUUAUGCAGUUUUUCAUCUUUUGUCCUCGUGCAUCUUUUAGUGUGAAAUCUAUGCAGGGGAAUCCAAUAAAUGAGUCCCAGUGUGUAGUAAAAGGUUGGAAUGAAAGCCUGCAGACUUCUCGUAAGGGAACUCCACAAGCUGUGUGAUCGAACCACUCCAAGUUCUCCUCUUAAGGCCAGAUCUUACCCCGAUUACCAAGCAGAGCGAGGAUAAGCACAGGGCUCGGAUUGAAACCGGGUAAAAAGAAAUCCACUCCAUAACUCUCUACAGCAAUAAUAGCACUCCCAUAGAUAAGCUACAUGUUGUGCUAUGUUUAGCCAGGUGUGAGGUCGGCGGUCACUCUUGAACAUGGCUGAAACGGUUUCCAGGUUAAGGGCUCAACCAGAGGCGUGUUCAAUAUCUCAAAGUGGUUUAUUUCCAAAUGUCGUGUGUGUGAUGUAACCAAAGCACUAGAAAUUAAUGACGAGCAACUGAAUCAGUGAUUAAACAUUUAUUUCUAACUAUAUAAGUAUGCUUUUAGGCUGCAGAAGUACACCGCAGCGUGAUAAAAGAGCGCCUUUGUGAUCAUUUGAACACACUUCUGGUUACUGAACUAUGCGUAAACAGGGUCCAUGUUAGUACGGUGGAGAGUCAAAAAGGUUUGACCUGCAUAACCUCAAAAGAUAACAUUUUGUUUUGUUUUGAAGAAGAACUAUUUUGUUAGGAAAUGGGGUGGGAUUUAUUUGGGGGAAGCGGGGGGGAAUUCUUUUAGAUGUUUAGUGUUAAAAAAAAAAACUAUUUUUCUAACUGAUAUUGGGUUUUAGUUUAACCGUUGUUACUCAGUGUAAGCAAGUUCCGUAUGUUUACGAAUAUUAUCGUGUGGUAGAUCUAGGAGAGCUUGUGAGUGAGAAAAACAUUGCCAACACUGUGUCCAACAAACACACACUUAUUAACACACCGCUACCAUGAAAAAAACAUUGCCCAGACAAUGAAUGUAGCCAAAUACUCAGGCUAUAUUUAGCCUUCCCUGGUGCUCAUAUUGAAUGGUCUAUAUUGUGAUACUAUUUUUGUAACUGAAUAUUAUGGUGUAGCUUUGGUGGAUUAGCUCGAUGAGAAAAAAGUAAAGUCAGAUAAUUUCAAUAAUAGCCUCAAGUGUGGAAGAUGUAUAAUUGAUAAUACACACUCACAUGGAAAAUUGUGUCUAGCUUGCAUGUGCUGAACGUACACACACAGUAUGAACACUACACGUACACUCACUUUGAACAACUUUGCACGGUUGAUCACCAACCUGUUCUUCAUGCUGAGAGCGUUUGUCGCAGACCAACAUGUCUUCCGAGUCCUCGGCUGGUAAAACCUCAGAAUUUCUGUUCUUUGUUUUUGGAAGACCUCUCUAAAAGAAAAGAAGAAAAAAAGCAAAGAGAGUUAAAAAAAAAAAAAAUCCUCAUACUUGAUAGAUGUGUGACGUUUGUGAAUGAGACCUUAUCCCACUUUGUACUACUAUGCUAAUAUUUUCCACCAAACAAAUCACUGCUGAAAGAAAUCCGCUUGUUUUAAUCUUGUAUUCACACCAAUCGGGGUAUAUUCAAAGCCAGAUUUGAUUUUCAAAAUGCCGUGUGAAGUCUCGAUACAAGAUUUAAACUUGCUUUAGUGCGGUGGAUAACUGACGUAGUGUUGAUAAUUACUGUAGCUCAGGAUCAGUGAUUUCAGAUUCACAGCUUGCGAGGCCUGGUAGAAGACACUUUCAGUCAUAUCAGAGUAAUCAUCUAAUGUAAAAUGCCAAAUUGUAGAGGGCAUGCUGUGGUGUAGUGCCACAGAUCUAGCAUCAGUCACAUACGGGUCUUUAAAAAAAUAAAAAAGGGGUGGAGGCACGAACAGGCUAGGAAAACAUCUCCAUCAGCUGCCCUAUUCUGAGCACGCCAAAUCCAGUGAAUCCUGCUUUCCAAGAUAAUAUAUACAACGAUAAAUGUAACACCAUUGGCAUGUGGAUGGAGAACCGUUGCAGCACCCUCAUUGGCUUCCACUUUAUAAUCUGAUAUAUUUAUUUUAGCUAAUCUCGUGACCUUUGCUUUGUUUUAGUCUUCAUUUGAACCCUCUUUGGGUUAUAGGUGUCUUUAUGCAAUUUCCUCCUAAACAUUUUUUUAUUUCUAGUAUCUGUGAAUUUCUCAGUGUUUUAGGUUGUUUGAUAUCUCCAGUUAAGUAAUUAGAAGUUGUUUUUUUUAAUUACAUUUCACUUGUCCUUCACACCAGAUGGCAAAACCUCAACAUCCUAACUCAUCUUGCUAUAGUUGAGUCAGUAGCUGACACGCAACAUACAGCGUUUGAACCUCACCUCUAACAAUGCAUUCCUUUUAAUACAUCCGUGUUAUGUACAGCUAUUUUGUAUUAUUUUAUAUCAUAUUCUCCUGUAAUCGUCGGGUGCACAGACAAUCGCUAUACACAUGUCAAUAAACCUGUUGAAAAGUUGAA